GCUUCAAUUUAAGGUUAUAAAUUUGAAAUGAAUCCAAAACAGUGCAGUGAAAAGUGAUGGAAUUGGAAUUUUCAUAUAUCCGGAUCUUAUCUAUUUGAUAAUAUCAAUUAUAAAUGUAGCUUCUCGCUAUAUCGAAUAUAAAUCGAACCUAAUAAGAGCUAGAAUCAAAAAAUGGGCCGGAAUAUUUUAGAAAGCAGUCUGCAAUAUGCAUCUUUCAGUAUAAUUUUUCAAGUUUUAUUCAGAUGUAUAACAUUCAUUCUCAAUGCUUUUAUUGUGAGAACUUUGGGCCAUGACGUUCUUGGUAUUAUGAAUGUUAGGCUUCUACUUUUGGAGUCUACGAUACUUUUUCUUUCGAAAGAACCUUUACUGAAAGCUUGCCUGACAAACACCAAAUCUCAUAACUGGCCUCAAGUUAUAAAUCUUAUAUGGAUAUCAGUCCCCAUUUCAACAUUGCUGAGUAUGUGUUUAGCUUAUGUAUGGUUGAAUCUUUUGAGUCCUGUGGAUGAUGUUUUUCAUACUCAGUAUAAAUGGGGCUGUUUUUCCAUAGCUUUAUCCUGCAUAAUAGAACAGUGCACUCAAAGUGUUGUUUUAGUUGUACAAAGUUUUUGUUUUGUUAAAUUAAAGAUAGUUUUGGAAACCCUGUAUGUUUUGACCAGGACGACAAUAUUUGUUUGUCUUGUUAUCCACGAUCCAAACACUGCCAUUGGUGCAUUUUCAAUAGCUCAAAUCGUGUCUGCAUUGGUCUUGUGCCUAUCGUAUUUCGUGUUUUUUGCGUGGUAUAUUCCUGAAUUGAAGAUGAACAAUAAAAAGGAGCAGACAAAUUCGAAGUUAUUCAAUGACAUGAAAGAUUUCCCAUUUGAAAGUGUUCUUGAUUUCUUUCCAGGAGUGAUGAAAAAUGAUAAUAAUUUACUAAAUAAGGAUCUUUGCGUUUUAACCAUGAGUUUUGCAAAACAAUCAAUUGUCAAGCAGAUUCUUACUGAGGGAGAAAAAUAUGUUAUGACUAUUUCUCCUGUGAUGACUUUCACCCAACAAGCUAUGUAUGAUAUUGUCAACAAUUUGGGUAGUUUGGCAGCUAGAUUCAUUUUUCGACCAGUAGAGGAAAGUGCAUAUUUCUAUUUCACGCAAAUGGUUCAAAGGGACGUGUCGGUGAAGAAUCAGAAUCAGAAAUCCAUUUCAGAAUCGGCAUCAGUGCUGAAGCAACUUUGCAAUGUGAUAGUGAGUUUUGGAUUGGUUAUAUUUGUAUUCGGCCAGAGUUACAGUUACACUCUCCUUUAUCUUUAUGGGGGAAGAAAUUUGGUGAACAACGUUCUACCUGUCACUUUAUUGAAGUUUCAUUGUUUUGCCAUCAUUCUUUUAGCUAUAAACGGAGUCACUGAAGGAUUUGUUUUUGCAACUAUGUCAAACAAACAGUUAGAUAGGUAUAACUAUAUGAUGGUGUUGUUUUCUAUGAUCUUCUUGAUUGUGUCAUAUGUGCUGACUAUUUUACUAGGACCAGUGGGUUUUAUCAUUGCCAACUGUAUAAAUAUGCUGGCCAGGAUAUUCCACAGUCUUCACUAUAUAUCGAAUAUGUACAAAAACUCUUCGUAUAGCCCUCUACAGGGACUGAAACCUAGUCUGAAAUUCAUAGGUAUAUUGCUCAUAUCGAGUUAUUUCACUAAAUUAUCCGAGGAUUAUUUUCUUCCAAGCUCUAUCUUCAUGCAUAUAGCGGUGGGAGCUGUGUUCUUUCUCCUCACUCUGGCCGUUUGGGCUCUUGAUAAUAAAGAAUUAUUGAAAGUGGGAUAUGGUAAAUUGCGGAAAAAAUAAUUCAACAACAAUAAGCUUCGUUAAUUUAUUACAUAGAGAAUCUAUUUAUUGAACAAUUGUAAAUAAAGUUAUGUAUAGAAAGUUCAAUCAAGUGAUAAUGAACCAAAAAUAAAAAAGAUUACUCGAAAAGAA